AUGAGAGUGACACAAUUUCUUAUUUUGUUUGACUUGGCAAAUGCGAUGGCCUUUAUGAGGUACGACAGCCCAUACGUGUUUGUUAAUCGAGUCCAUGUGAAUCACACCAGCGUCAUUAUUGUAACGCUACAGUAUCUUAGAGAUGUGUGGUUUAUAACCAAAGUGAGCAUAGAUGAAGAACGCAUAAUUGACUAUUUCCAAACGAAUUCAAGCGAGUACCGUGAACAACUUCUAUGGUAUCAUACAGCAAGCUUAAAUCAAACUCUUAACUUUAAUGGUAUAUUCACCCACAAGAAUCCUCCUUACCAAGAAUGUUUUUACCAUGUUUCAAGAGCAAAUUUUUACAAAAGCGGCUUUCAUAAUGUUUCUGUCUUGAUUACAACGAUUGGGAUUACAUCAGACAAGCUCACAGCUUCGAGUUAUACAUAUAUUGAUUUAGAUGAAAAUGUACCUUGUGAGCCACAAUUUAGUAUACCGCAUUGCGUAAAUGCAGAUUAUCCAGUACACUACGAAGUUUCUGACAUAAUUGUCCUUCGGGCAAUUUAUACUCGGCGCUGUCCCAUGGAUAUAUUUACUCACUAUUACUGGACUGUGCAUGAUAGCACAGAGCGCCAGCUUUUAGGCUAUUUAGGAGGAACUUCAAAGCCAGAACUAAAAAUUGGACGAUAUAAACUCAGUAUUCUGUAUCAGUCUCAGUUAAACCGAAUGGUAAUGGUGCGCUUAAAUGCACGAAUUGUCGGCCGCCGCUCUCCACUUGUAGCAAGAUGUUACGUUGCUCUUGCUCCACAACGCUUAUAUGCUAUCAUACGUGGAGGUCCAUCACGUAAGGUAUUUAUGGGCAAUUCAAUUACCAUUGAUGGAAGCCACAGCCGUGACUUUUCAUUGCCAAAAAAUGCUAAGCAACUGUUGUUAUUUGAAUGGCUCUGUGAUUCUGCAAUAAAUAUAGAAAAAGUCUGUAAACUGCAAAUGGGGAAAGGUGCUGCUUUCACGAUUCCACCGUUUACUCAACAAGGCGAACAGUCAAUUAGAUUUAUUUUAAAUAUACGUUCCACAUUUGAUCUUCUUCGGUCAUCGGUUGCUAUGCAAACCAUAUUAUUUUCAUCAUACCCCAGACUUUACAUCGAUGUAAUUAUCAAGUGCGUAACAAACUGCAAAGGAAAUAGGUUCUCCAAUUCUUCUCAUGUUCACCUUAAGGCCCAUUGUCUUUCGUGCAAAUCUUUGAAAAUUACUAAGUGGAUGUGGACCGUCGAUCAUACUUUAGUGAGCUCAUCGAAAAGGCUAUUAUAUUAUGUAUCAAAUAAAACAUCUAUUAUAGUAUACUUAAAUAUGGAAGCUAUUCAUAAAUAUAGACCAUCGUCAAAAUACCAAGGAUCCUCCAGUCUGCGUCUUGAAAGAAAUUAUGGUCCUGUACUUACCGCUUGUUACGUAAGCCCUCUUGACGGCGAAGCAAUCAAAACGUUAUUCUCUAUUAAGUGUACAAAUGAGAAUGCUUUAUAUAAGCCUUUGAAGUACUGUUUAAGCGUAAACAGCUUGCUAAUUACAGAAUGUACUACUGAUCAUUUGAUUGUUUCUCGAUUACCAGCAGCUUCACACAUAGAGGUCCAAGUAUGCGAUAAUUUGGAUGUAUGCAUCAUUAAAAAUAUUGGUGUUAAUGUACGUGAAGCUUCCAUAGCAGACACAGAGAUUGCAGUUUUUAAUUUCCUCAAUCAUGUUCGCUAUUGGCUAAAAUAUGCUGACUGGUCCAUGUCUUUUGUUAUGCUUGAUCAGAUAAUAGUUCGAAUGAAUUCAAAGGAACGUCUUCUUGUUUUCACAGAGGCACUCGCCGUGUAUCAGCCACAAACUCCUGUACAAUUGGCUCAUCUUGUACAAAUUUUAAUAAAAAUAUUAGAGCAUAUUAUACCUCUGGAUGAUAUGAAAGUGAAUGUGCUUGCUCGAAUUCUUCACGUUAUAGAAUCAACUUUCAAAAUAAUUAUUGCUAAUAAUGAGCUAAAUACACUUAUGGAUUGCUACUAUAAAAAGAUGGUGGAAGCUAUGUUUGAAAUUCUUGAUAAAUUUGCUACUGAAUGGGAAUAUAUUCCGAAAUCACAGUGCCGAGCAGAAUCUGAGUCCUGUCUAAAUGUAGACAACUUUCGCAACAGACUAGAACAAAUGUCUACCUUGAAUCCACAGGUACUUGAACAUAUAAAUAACUGGUUGCAUGCACAUUGGAAACUGAAUAAUUGUUUAUUUUACAUGGGAAUGGGCAUGGCGCGACGCAUACAUCCAGAUGAAAAUGCAAAAAAAAUAGACUGUCGAACUUUUUUAAUGACAAUGGAGAGCUUUGAUCUAGAUUUGGAGCGCACAUUGGUGAUUAAAUCCGCAGACGCGAUGCAUACACUCAUUUUCACAGAGAAGUUGUUGCAAGAGUUGCGCCACUUACUGCGAAAUGAUGAAGUUCUUAUUUCUAUUAGAAGUCAUAAGCAUAGUCAGUACUGGUGGUAUCCUGAGCAAGAUUCACGGACACAAGUACUAGUUGUAAAUGCUUACACAUCUACAGCUAUCUUGGAAAAAACACAACAGCUGUCUGAGCCAUUUCAAUAUAUAUCCAAACUCACAACUAACAAUCAACGUCGUAGGCGAAAUACUGUUGAAUUUGAUGAUCCUGUAGAAGACGUCGAGAAUGUCAUACACGAUAACGUUGUAAGCUCCAAAGAGGUUCGCAUGUAUCGUACAGAACUUUAUGGCCAUUCUGUACUUGGAGUUACUUUUACAAGGGCUGAUAUAGACUACCGUGUUUUACUUCAUAUGACAAACAACCCACAGCUGAAUGAUAUUAAUACAAAAAAUACAACGUGCUUGGUGAAAUCCGGAAGUAAACCAACAGCUUUAUUACUUCGAAAUUUAUGUAAGAAAGCUCGACCAGUCUAUAUAUAUAUUCGCGCCGAUAAUAUAUUAAGGAAUUGGGAUUCGUUUCGCGAAAUAGGUGCUUAUUACACGUUUUCCACUGAAAUGCGUAGCUGUCGAAUUUGGAAAUUCUCACGGCCAGAACCCAGCUGGCAGACAAUUCUGUGCAUUCCCGAAAUGAACAAAAGUGUAAGCAACGGUAUCCAUUGCCGCUGCAAUUUCAUUAGCGACCUUGACGCUGAUGCCAAACCAAUUAUUGCUGUCAGAAUGAAUCUUAAAUGUCACUUGGAGCGCCCAGUGGUCGGACGUAAUUACGAAAUUUUCAUUUGCUAUAUUGUAAUACCAAUAGUAGCGAUAGCCUUUCUUUUUAUUAAAAUGCACAGAGCUGCGUUCUGGGACAAGCCCCUAUAUUUGGAGGAUUUAUACAGUGGCGAGCUUUGUCGUAGUGGUGACAUAAUAAUCCGAAUUACAUUUGGUGGUCGGUAUCACUCUGGAUCUUCAGCAAACAUAUUUCUUUUAUUGCAGUCUUCUCGAGGUAAAAGGGAGAUAGUCGUUCAUCAAGAUCCACUUAAAACGACUUUUAAUCGCAACAGCACGAUUUUUUUACGACUUGAUAGAGACUUUGUGCAGUUGCCAGUGCGUCUUGCUCUCGGUCAUGAUAACACUGGCACUCAUCCACAUUAUUUUUGCCGCAGUAUAGUUAUUACUGACAUGUUAACGGAGAAAACACAGCACUUUCGUAUUAAUCGGUGGGUACGUACAUCGCCUGUGAUAGGAAGUAAAAUGCAUUUGGAGUCAACUAUGGUUCUGGAUUUCGCAACAGCCACGCCAAAGUAUAUAUAUCGAUGGCCAUCGCGAUUCGCACUUGCUUUUGAGCUAUGCAUGGGAAAGUGGUACUUAUUUCAAUCUAUAAUAGGUCCAUGGCGUUUCGGAAUUAAUGGCAAUUCUCUAAGCAGAUGGGAACGUAGUUGUAUAUAUGUGUGCAAAACUUUUGUAUCAAUAUGCAUAGUUAUCGCAUUCUUUGGCCGUGCCGAGCCAAUAUUAUGUGACCCAAGCCCAAAACGCUACAAUGAUUUUAAUAUCGUGGUCUGGCUUUGUCUCAUAUGUUUAAUUGCAAGCUGUAUUACUGAAAUUCUUAUGACUGUAUUUCUAAGAAUAUUAUCCAAAUAUAAUUAGAAAAU